UAUUAAUUAAAAUGGGUGCCAAAGUAAGCCUAGAGAUAGUUUUAUUUAAAAGUUAGAGACAAAAUUAAUAAAUUCAAUUUUUAAAUAAAUUUAAAAUUUCACUUAGUACCUUUCCGGUCCCUCAAAAACAUUUUAGUCUCAAGAUGGAUGAAGAAUUGAUAGACUUUAAAACUCUUAUCAGCUCUGUGUUGAUCUUGAGUCUUUUGGCCUUUGGAUAUUUCUACGCCAUUUACUGCCGAUGGUCCAAGCGAAAGGAUCCGGUUAGUCCUUCACUUCCAACGCCCAACCAGCUACCAGAGCUGAAGGAUAUCAAACUGACACUGGAUGAGUUGAUGGAAUAUGAUGGAACCCGCCAAGAUGGCAGGAUAUUAGUGGCCCUCAAGGGCCUAAUUUACGAUGUUUCCAGUGAUGUUUUGCAGUUCGGUUUGGGUGGAACCCUUGGCCAUGUGGCGGGCAAUGACUUUACCCAUUAUCUCAGGCGCAUUAUGAAUGUUCACCAUACGGAAAUCAACUAUGUGGAUCGUUGGGAAUCGGUUCUAGAGACUAACUAUAAGCGGGUCGGUGUAUUAAUUGAGGAUAGUGACAAUUCGCAAGUUCAGGAAUAUCCUGAAAAGUCUUAUGAGAGCGAAAAUCCUUUAAAGGAAACCGAUGCAAUGAACCAGAAACCUGCAAAAGAUAAUAAUAUGGAACAGUUGUUAGGUUCAGCCAUGGAUGAGAGUGAAAUACCAAUUCAGGACACUUGAGUGUCGCAGAAAAAUAUGAAAAAUCUAUAAUACUAUAUAAAAGAUAAUUUGAAUGAAGUGAAUUAGUAAAAUUUGAGACUAUUAUUUAA